AUGAGCAGCAAGUACGGCAACCUUGUUGAAACCUUAGUCACCAUCGAUCUGGAGAAACCCGCCUGGGAGCAGGAGGGGAUGCACAACAGAUGGCAUCCAGACAUCCCUAGCUACAAGACAAUGAAGCAGAACAAGGCUUACAAGAUCGAGUGCUACGACUGGACAGGUGGCCAGGUUGGUAAUAACGAUUCCGCAGACGAUAUCAAGUACUGUGACCUUACUAAGAUUCAUUAUCUAUCUGGACCAUUUGACAUCGAAGGGGCAGAGACAGGAGACGUGCUUGUUGUUGAUAUACAGGACGUUCAGCCGUUGGAGAGACAACCAUGGGGGUAUUGUGGAAUAUUUGCCAAAGAGAACGGGGGAGGUUUCCUCGACAAGCAUUAUCCAAAGGCUGCUAAGGCAGUGUUUGACUUUGAGGGUAUCAACUGUUCUUCCAGACACAUUCCUGGUGUGCGUUUUGCUGGUCUUGUUCACCCGGGAAUCAUUGGAGUUGCUCCAAGUCAGCCGGUGUUGGAGGAGUGGACCAGACGAGAGCAGGAGCUGGUCGACUCCAACCCGGACGCAGACUUUGUGAUGGCCAACCUGCCAACUGCUAAAGGCGCUUAUGCAGGAACAGGCGUCUCCACCGCGCUAGCCAAGAAGCUUGCUGACGGUUGCAGAACUAUUCCUGGAAGACCAGAAAACGGAGGUAACUGUGACAUCAAGAACCUGUCGCGGGGCUCCAAAGUUUACCUUCCAGUCCACCUUGACGGCGCCAAGCUUAGUGUGGGGGACCUCCACUUCUCGCAAGGAGACGGAGAAAUCUCGUUUUGCGGAGCAAUCGAGAUGUGCGGUUCCAUCACUCUGAAAUGCUCAGUCAUCAAACAGGGAAUGUUCAAGCUCAACCUCAAGAGUCCAAUGUAUCUUCCCGGUCCUGUCGAGAACCACUACGGUCCAGGCAGAUACCUCACCUUUGAAGGGUUCUCUGUUGACGAAUCCGGCAAACAGUUGUGCUUGGACACCACCGUGGCCUACAGACAAACCUGUUUGAGAGUCAUCGAGUAUCUCAGAAGAUACGGAUACAACGACUACCAGAUCUACUUGCUGUUGUCGUCCGCCCCUAUUCAGGGCCACAUUGCUGGUAUUGUCGACGUUCCAAACUCUUGUACUACUAUUGGUCUUCCAAUGGACAUUUUUGAGUUCGACAUUGCUCCAGAAAAGGACGCUGUGAAAACAGAUCGUGGCAACUGUGCUUUUGCCCAGGACGACCUCGAAAAAGGUUUUCCUCUCACCGACGAGUUACCAAAUUUCCUAUUGGAUAUAAUUACCAAACACUAA